GAGAUCUGCUUUAAAAUAUGUUGUAAGCGGCCAUUGCUAAGGAAAACAUUUUUUGACAGAAAGUAAUUUUAGAACAAAAAUGACAUCAGAAGGUCUUUGGGAAGACAGGGAUGUCAGGUUUGACAUAAACCCUAAUCAGAUGAAAAUGCGACCAGGUGAAAAGUUGAUAGAUAAGAUGGAUGCUGUUGAAGAUACUAAAGGCAACAAUGGAGAAAGAGGUAUAAUGCAUAAAACAAAUUUGAGGUUGAUUUGGCAUUCCCUCAACAUGCCCAGGGUAAAUCUUUUUAAUUUAUUUAUUUUUGUAAUAGAUAUUAAAAUUUUGAUUGUUUUUCAGAAAUUACGUGGUACCACAGAAGCUCUGUACGUUUUGACAAAAUGUAACAACACAAGAUUUGAGUUCAUCUUUACAAAUCUCAUACCUGGUUCACCGAGAUUGUUCACCACUGUGAUAUCUGUUCAUAGGGCGUAUGAAACAUCUAAACUGUACAGAGAUUUAAAGCUGAGAGGUGCACUUAUACAGAAUAAACAACUUAGAUUAUUACCACAAGAACAAGUCUAUGAUAAAGUUAGUGGUGUAUGGAAUCUAUCCAGUGAUCAGGGAAAUCUGGGGACUUAUUUCAUCACUAAUGUUCGUUUGGUCUGGCAUGCUAAUAUCAAUGAAUCUUUUAAUGUCAGUAUACCCUACCUUCAAAUGAAAACUAUCAAGAUCAGAGAUUCAAAAUUUGGAUUGGCUUUGGUUGUAGAGAGUUCAGCACAGAGUGGAGGGUAUGUACUAGGGUUCAGGAUAGAUCCUGUUGAGAAAUUACAGCAAGUUCAUAAGGAAAUACAGAGUUUACACAAAGUCUAUAGCACCUGUCCUGUGUUUGGUGUAGAGUUUGAGGAAGAUGAAAGGCCUCAAGGUCUGGAUGAAUUAACUAUUGAGAGAGUUCAGGAUGAUGUUGAAAUAGAAACAGACGGACAAACAGAUGCUUUUGCUGCAUAUUUUGCAGACGGUAAUAAAGACAGAGACAGGGAUCCAGUUUAUUCAGAGGAACUUGGACUUGCCGUGGAAAAACUGAAGGAUGGUUUUACCUUGUCAGGACUCUGGGAAGUGCUUAAUUAAUGUGCCUUAUACCGGUAUAUAUGAAAGGACAACCUGAACAUUGGAAUGAUUGAUUGAUUUGGAAAUUGAAUGUGGAUGAAGUUAAACUCCGCAUGUGUAUGGAAUAACUUAGAAACAAAUAAAACUUAGAAAAAUUUUAAUUAUGUAAGAAUAACUGAUAAUUCAAGGUAGAAAUGUCUGUACUUAAAACAGCAAUACAUUGGCUUUAUUUGCAUGGCUGUUUCAUGUUGUUGAUGAAAAUGUUGUUGUUGGGUUUUUUUCUGGCUUAAAUGUGUAUAAAGGUAGCAAUAUAGCAAUAAAAUUGUAUGCUUUAUUUGUCUGAUAGUGAAUUAUCUAAGAUCAAAGUUUAUGAAUAUCAAUAGAAUCUACUAUGAAUUUGUUGAUGUAGAAUUUUUUAUGGUUUCCUUUAACAUCAUGUUUAAACCCAUGAGCUAUGAUUUUGUUGAUCAAUUUGCUGAUUAAGUGUUCUUAAGAGCUCUAGCAGAUAUAUGAAUAUGACUUGUCUUAGCCCCUACAUGAACCAACAUACACAUACAUUUUUUUCCAACCAGUCUCUAUACAGUUGCUCUACCUAAUGUUUGUGUUUUGUAUAAAAUUCCCUCUGAUUGACAUUGGGCAGUUCCAAUUUAAAAUUGGACAAGUCCAAUAUUCAAAUUAAGGAUAAUACCAGUUCAGUCAUGUAAAAUUUUUAAUCUUUAAGCUAUUAUCCCACACAUUGUAGUUUGGUCAUUUUUUUAAAUAAAAUGUCAUCAAAAGAUAAAAUUUUCACAGACUCAUGCAUUUAUAUAGAACUAGAAUAUUAAUAUUUGCCUUAUCCGAAGGAAAAACAUAAAAAUAAAGUUUUUGUUCAUGAUGCUGUAAUUUCAAACCGUUGCAACGUUUUAUUUUGUAAAUAUUGACUUAAAUUAUUACCACACCCAUUAACUGGUUGCAAGUAGAUCCGUUGGUUGUGUAUGCUUGGUAAGUUUUUUAUCCUGCAAUCAAUUGCUGUACAAUAUAUUACAGAAAAUUAUGUCGUUACAAGGAGACAAGAGACAGUUUUUUGUGGGAGAGUAGCUUUAAGAGGAUGAAACUUGACUAUUUAUGUGACUAUUUGUUUAGGUAUUUCUCACACUGUUUAAAGGGACAUAAUGUCUCAGAAAUCCAUAUUUGUUUCACUCUUUACAAAUGUUAAAUAUGUUUAAUAAUGGAUUAAGUGCAUGUUAGAUGUUUAACAGCUGAAAAUAGUAGCGCUGAAUGUGCAGUAAUGUGUUGUAAGGGUAGCAAAAUGUAAACAAAGUAGUAUUAUGACUUCUAUACAAAAUAUUAAGUCACUAUAAUUAUACCAAUUGCCAAGAAAACAAAAGGAGCAAAGAUAAUUCAUCCGUAUGGCAAGUUAGUGUCUUUUCAUGAAACUGUAACAAGAUACCAAAAAUUUAAAGUUUUUGAGAAAUAAAAAUGAUAGCAUUUCUGACACAUAACGGGCCUUCAAAUGGCUAUUUCGUGUUUCUUCUUAUUUAGAUAUUGAAAUAACAUUGUGUUUUGCUCUCUAAAUUUGUUGAGUCACUUAAGUAUUGGAGAAAUAGCAUCACAUAUUUCAAAAACAUUUGCAUAUACAGUUUUGUUCAUAGUUACACUGUUUGAUUUUGUGUUUGCAGGUUAAUGCACUAUCUUAGUCUGUGUAACAAUAAGUUGCUUUGCUGUUUGUUGCAACUUCAUAUACAUGUAGAUAUUACCCUGAAAAUCAAAACAUUUUUUUAUUAUCAAUUUAGAUCAUAAGACCCAUAACUCUAGCAAAGAUUUAUUUUGAUUGCUUUUAACUCCUUUGUAAAACUUACAAAAGGACUUGAAGAUGUUCGGCUUGCAAGAUCAUCUCCACAAUCACUGUUUUUUACUGGUUUUUUAACUAAAAAUUUUCCGGUUAGACCAUAACUGUAGGUCACUUCUUACAGACCCACCUCUCUAUCUUUGAUUUUGUCAGAAUUACUCCCCUUUGUAAACAAAGCAUUGUAUUGCAUUGUAUGUAAAAGCUUAGUUUUUACUAUAAAUCAGUAAGAACAGUCGAAAGCUCUGUUCAAUUGCAAGCAUAUUUUUAGUUUUAUUUUCAUGUCCUUUAUUUACAGAACACAUAUAAAUGGAAUAUUUCAUUUCCUUUUUAGUUUUAUUGUAUUAUACUGUUGUAUAUGUAUAGUACUAUAAUUUAUUUCCAUACUAUUGUGAUUUAUGUGAACACAUUCCGUCCCAUGUCGAAUAACGUGCUAUGAAUUUUGUCUUACAUUUUCAACUUUUUUGUGUGAGAAGUUUCAAAUUAGAUCAGAAUGGAGGUUUUACUGAUAAAAGACAUAUGAGCCACGUCACGACAAAACCAACAUAAUGCGUUUGCGAGCGCGCAGUCUGGUCUGGAUCCAUGCUGUUCACUUACCAACCCUAUUACAAGAACAGAAACUGAUAGCGAACAGCAUGGAUCCUGAUCAGACUGCGCGGAUGUGCAGGCUGGUCUAGAUCCAUGCUGGUCACAAACGCAUGUUGGUUUUGUCUUGACGCGGCUCAUAUCAAAAUACAUGUAAUCUGAGACGGUUUAUGAGAUAUGUAUGGUUUAAAGUUUCUAUUGAUGGUUAUGUUAGCACGAUAGUUAAAGGUCAUAAAUUUGUAUCACUUGCCCCUGACUGUUAUUGAUUUAUUACCACACAGGACUUUAGAUUCUUUUAUAUGAGGAAGCUACCCAUGGCCAGUUAGCUUACAGGAAGUUGGUGGUUUUGCUUGUGCCUGAAGUAAUAUAUGAAUGGCCAUUUGGGGUCUUCCUUUAAGAGUAAAGCUGGAAAAUAGCCAUAUGACCACAGUAUCUAUGUAACAAAAAUGCAAACUUAAGGCAAUAAAACACCAACAAAAAAAAAUUUCUUCUUCUAAAACUCGUGUGUUUACACAGAACUAUAAUAGAAAUUAAAGAAAGGAAAACUUAACUUUUUGUGUCGCCUUGAAAAAGGCGACAUAUAGGUGUCACUUUUGUCGGCGGUGUCGGCGUCGUUGUCGGUGUCGGCGUCGGCGUCCCCUUAAGCUUGUCCGGAGCAUAAGUCAGUCAUUAUAAGUCGUUUUGACUUCAAACUUGGUAUGCAUGCUUCUUACAAUGACCUGAAGUGCAGUGCACAAGAACCGGUACUCUGCACUUCUUAUUUUUUGAGUUAUUGCCCUUUGUUAAUUUUCAUACUUAAUUUUUGUCCGGGCCAUUUCUCCUAAAGUAUCAAAUCUAUGGACUUGAAACUUCAUAGGAUGAUAGAUCUCAUUAAGAAGAAGUGCAGUGCACAAGAACUGGUACUCUGCAUUUCUUAUUUUUUGAGUUAUUGCCCUUUGUUAAUUUUCAUACUUUAUUUUUGUCCGGGCCAUUUCUCCUCAAGUAUAAAAGCUAUGGACUUGAAACUUCAUAGGAUGAUAGAUCUCAUUAAGGAGAAGUGCAGUGCACAAGAACUGGUACUCUGCAUUUCUUAUUUUUUGAGUUAUUGCCCUUGUUAAUUUUCAAACUUUAUUAUUGUCCAGGCCAUUUCUCAUAAAUUAUAAAAGCUUUUGACUUGAAACUUAGUAGGAUGAUAGAUCUUAUUGAUACUGAGAAGUGCAAUGCAUAGAAACUGCUGCUCUGCAUUUCUUUUUUUUUGAGCUAUUGCCCUUUGUUGAUUUUCAAAUAUCAUUUUUGUCCUGGCCAUUUCUCCUAAACUAUAUUGUUCACAAGGCGACACAUCCGACUCGCGGAGUUCUAGUUUUUCUUUACAAUUUGUUUAAACCAUUUAUUUGUUAAAAAAAAACUCAAGUGUUUAUUGACAGGACCAGGAUCAACAUUAAGAAUCAAAUGCAAAGAAAUCCACAUUUUACAUGUGUUUAGUAACUUUGAAAAAAUGUUGAAUGUUAAAUUCAAAAUAAUAGCAUGUUUACUUAUUUAUGAUUAAAAUUGUAAAUAUA